AUGCUCACAGACAAAUCAAUCAAACUCUUUCAAUAUGUUACAAUCUUUUUAGCUUUCUCUACUUAUCAAUUUACCAGUGGUAAAUUCAUCUUGACUCCUACCGGCAACGCAAAGGUCCCAAAUCCAAGUGAACAACCAGACAAUCAUAACACCAUUUCAGCUGGACCUCCAGUAGGACAUAAACCGAGUCCUAUCGUUGAUGGAUCACAAGUCUGUAGUCAAGGUUUUGGACAACGGCAUACACCCAAAGGCAACUUCUCUGUCAAAGCCGGACAGGAAGAUACAACGCCUUGUCAAACCAAAGAUGCAGUCUUCAUGUGUUUACCUUCCUCGUGCCAUUCACAAGACAGGAAGCCACACGCCUCUGCUUCUGGAUGCGAAGGUGCAUCAGGCCCAACACAAUGCUUGGCUUACAGUUUCAAACCUGAAGUUCAAACUAAAAAACCAUCUGAACCUCCACAUCCUAAACCUGUUCAAUCAUCUCCAGCUCCUCGCAAUGCUUCUCAUACAAUCAAAACUAGAGCUGAACCUGAACAUAAAGAUAAAAGUUCCGCGGUCAAAUCCCCACUGGAGUGUGUUAUCUCAAGUGAACCGCUAAAAUCAGCAGGAUGCCAAAAGAUGGACAGUGUCGUAGAAUGUACUAAAUGUCAAAAAAUUGCAGUCUGA